AUGGCUGUGGAAGACUGGGAUCCAAGCUCCUGGACUUCGAAACCCAUCAAACAGGAUGUCGUCUAUGAGGAUGUCCAGGGAGUUCAAGCAUCUCUUGCAAAGCUGCAGAAACUCCCCCCGUUGGUUACUACCCAGGAGAUUGCAACCCUGAAAAAGAGCUUGAAGAAUGUAGCGCUGGGCAAAGCUUUUGUCCUCCAAGGAGGCGAUUGCGCGGAGCUAUUCGACUACUGUAAUCAAGACAUGAUCGAGGCCAAAGUCAAACUCCUUCUCCAGAUGAGUCUGGUCCUGAUUUGGGGAGCAAACAUGCCAGUCGUCCGUAUUGCACGAAUCGCAGGUCAAUUUGCCAAGCCGCGGUCCAGCCCCAUGGAAGUAGUCAAUGGUAUUGAGAUGCCCUCCUUCCGCGGUGACAAUAUCAACGGCUUCGAUGCCACCCCUGAGUCCCGCCGCCCAGACCCUUCCCGUCUGGUGUCGGCUUACUUCCACUCCGCCGCAACACUCAACUACCUGCGCGCGUCUCUAUCCUCGGGUCUUGCAGACCUGCACUCCCCACUAGACUGGGGCCUCGGCCAUGUCAUCACCCCUUCGAUCAAAGAAAAAUACGAACGCAUCGUCAGCAGAGUCAAGGAUGCCCUCCGUUUCAUGCAAACCGUGGGAAUCGACACCGACCGCGGCGUCGAAACCGUUGACAUCUACACCAGCCACGAAGGUCUCCUCCUAGAAUACGAGCAAUCCCUAACCCGCCUGCUCAAAGACCCAAUUCCCCCACAACCGCACCAACCAACUGCGGUCCACCCAUCCACAACCACCACCACCACCACCACCAGCAAACCCACCGCCCCCACAAAAAGCUACUACGCCACCUCGUCGCACUUCCUCUGGAUCGGCGACCGCACGCGCCAACUCAACGGCGCCCACGUCGAAUUCUUCCGCGGCAUCGCCAACCCCGUCGGCAUCAAGAUCGGCCCCAGCAUGACCCCCACGGAACUCACCCAGAUCCUCGACGUCGUAAACCCCGCCCGCGAAAUCGGCAAAGUCACCUUGAUCUCUCGGUACGGCGCCGCCAAGAUCGCCGCCCACCUGCCCGCGCAGAUCGCUGCCGUGCAGGCCUCGGGCCACUUACCCGUGUGGCAAUGCGACCCCAUGCACGGCAACACGCAGACCACGCCGUCGGGCGUCAAGACCCGCGAUUUCAACGACAUCCUCUCCGAACUGCGCCAGGCGCUGGCCAUCCACCGCGCCGCUGGCUCGUUCCUAGGCGGUAUGCAUCUGGAGCUAACCGGCGAGGCCGUCACAGAGUGUGUCGGUGGCGCGGCCGGCUUGACCGAGGAAGGCUUGGGAGAGCGGUACACAACCUUUUGCGAUCCGCGCUUGAACGAGAAGCAGGCGCUAGAGCUGGCGUUUUUGGUUGCUGGCUUCUAUAGGGAGUUGGAUGAGUCGGAUGAUAUGAACUCGAUUUGA